AUGGUGGCCAAGCCUGAAAAUUUCAAUGCCCCAUUGGUCUUUUACCUGGAAGAGGAGCUGGAGCAGAUAAUAUUCGGGCAGGAGGACAGAUACCUCCACUGCAUAGAAGAGCACAGCCAUACCCUUAUUCAGCUGGAGCCCUGGUUCACAGUCACAGGCCACACUCGAGUCACUGUGGUUUCUUGUGCUCCUAAAUGCUCUGACCUUUCUUCUUCCUCCCAAGGCUACCAGAUGCUGCAAAGUGUCCGGAGCCAGCCCCUAACCAACAAGGACAUGGCUGCCAGUCUCAAUGUGCAGCUUGACUCCUUGGUGGUGAAAGGGUAUCAGGAUGAAUGA